UAAAUGAAAUGAAGACCUCAAUAAUACUCACCAACAUAGAACAGAACACAGAAAAAAAAAAAGAAAAAAAAAAGAUUUAAAAAAAAAUGAAAGUGUUGGCACUGGUCACCGUGGUGAACUUGCUUCUGCUACUGGUUCAAGGCAAUGAGGACGAGACGAAACGGUGCGUUUCGGCGGUGGGAGAUCCCGGCAUGAGAAGGGACGGGCUGAGAGUGGCGUUCGAAGCGUGGAACUUCUGCAACGAAGUCGGAGCCGAAGCUCCUCACAUGGGCAGCCCUCGCGCCGCCGAUUGCUUCGAUGUCUCCCCUCUCCACAAUUCUCACCGGAAAAACAACUCACCCGACAAGAGUUAUUCCUUGGUGCACAAGGUGUCAGAUUCGGACAACAAGCUCGGGGUGGGGAAGAAGAAACCAGGAGCCAUAUCAGAAGCAGCAACUCAGAACGCAGAUCUAUACGCGGUCGAGAAAGAACUCUACUUGGGGUCUCUCUGCCAAGUCUCAGACGAUCCAAACCCAUGGAGUUUCUGGAUGGUGAUGCUCAAGAACGGAAACUACGACACAAGAUCCGGCCUCUGUCCUGAAAACGGCCAAAAGAUCCCACCUUACGUACAACCCGGAAGAUUCCCCUGUUUCGACACUGGCUGUAUGAACCAACCGGCGCUGAACCACGAAAAGACCAAGCUUCUUGGCGAUGGAUCAACCAUGAGGGGUUGGUUCAACGGGACGUAUGAUUUGGAUGCCCAUUUCGGAAAUGGGUUCGAUGGGAUAAGUUAUUACGAGGUUGUGUGGGAGAAGAAAGUCGGAGUUGGAGGAUGGGUUUUUAAGCAUAAGCUUAAGACAUCGCCCAAGUAUCCAUGGCUGAUGCUUUAUCUUAGAGCUGAUGCCACCAAAGGCUUUUCUGGUGGGUACCACUAUGACACGAGAGGAAUGCUCAAAACGCUUCCGGAAUCGCCGAACUUCAAGGUGAGACUGACAGUAGACAUCAAACAAGGCGGAGGACCAAAGAGCCAGUUCUACCUCCUCGACAUCGGGAGCUGCUGGAAGAACGACGGCAAGCCCUGCGACGGUAACGUCACCACCGACGUCACUCGCUACUCCGAGAUGAUCAUCAAUCCCGACACGGCCAAAUGGUGCAGCCCCUCCUCCCUCUACAACUGCCCGCCUUACCAUACUUUCCGCAACGGCACCAGGGUUAACCGUACGGACGAGCAGAACUUCCCGUACGAGGCUUACCAUGUCUACUGCGCUCCAGGGAACGCGCUCCACUUGGAGCUCCCCGUGGGAACAUGCGAUGCCUUCAGCAACCCGCAGGCUCAGGAAAUUGUCCAGCUUUUGCCUCACCCGGUCUGGGGAGAGUACGGAUACCCGACCCAGAUGGGUGACGGUUGGGUCGGCGAUCCAAGAACAUGGGAGCUCGAUGUCGGCGGCUUAUCCAGCAACCUUUACUUCUACCAGGAUCCGGGUACGCCGCCGGCGAGGAGGAUAUGGACAUCAGUGGACGUCGGAACAGAGAUCUACAGCGGUGACCAAGACGAAGCAGUUGCAGAGUGGGACCUUUCUGAUUUCGAUGUUCUUCUUACUUGAGGCAUAUUUAUGUGGUUCCCUAAGAGCUUAGUAAGGUUAAAUGUGGUUUAGAGAGAAUCCCAAAUAGGAUUUUCUGGUUUUAGAAUGGGUUUUUGUGAAUAAGAACUCCAAUCGACUGGGUUCAGAUUUGAAAAAAGAAAAUGAAAAAAAAAAAUUCAACGAAGAAUCUUGUUUGAUUAGUUCAUAUUCAAAA